AUGGAAAGUAAGUUACCAGCAACAAAAUGGCGGACUCUCUGGCUAGCGAUUCUUGUGUACUAUGUUUACGGAGUGAAUGAGGCCCACUGUGAUAUCCUGCCUGUGCGACCCAUCCACCAUAACAACACGGCAUUACGUCAGGUAUUGGAGGCGCUGACAGCCAAGUAUCCAAACAUCACACGGCUGUAUUCCAUUGGUAAAUCCUACCAGGGCAAGAGCUUAUGGGUAAUCGAGAUCACAAAGAAUCCUGGGAAACAUAUGCCCGGCAAACCUGAGUUCAAGUACGUGGCAAAUAUGCAUGGAAACGAGGUUGUGGGACGCGAGUUGCUUUUGCUGUUAGCUGACCAUUUGUGUUCAAACUACGGGCGCGACCAGAGGAUAACGAAACUAAUUGAUACAACUCGAAUACAUCUGUUACCAUCAAUGAACCCUGAUGGAUGGGAGAGUUCUCAUGUGGGCUGCACGGGGAUUAAAGGUAGAUUCAACGCAAACGGGGUGGAUUUAAAUAGAAAUUUUCCAGACCCUUAUGAAGGACAAACUAAUGAACUGCAGCCGGAGACACAAGCUAUUAUGAACUGGAUUCAUCGGGAACCAUUUGUUCUGUCAGCAAACUUACACGGUGGGACAUUAGUUGCCAACUAUCCAUUUGACAACCUCCCAAGUGAGCUCAAGAGGUCCGCUACUAGAGUAUACUACAGCUCCCCGGAUGACGACAUUUUUGUCAAUAUCGCCAAACUUUAUUCUUAUACACAUCCCACAAUGCACAACGGUAAUCCUCUAUGUCCGAUCCAGAGAACAGAGAAGUUUCCUGACGGGAUCACAAACGGUGCAGCUUGGUAUCCAAUUUCUGGAGGAAUGCAGGACUACAAUUAUUAUAAAACGUACGGUACUAAAGUAAGCAGUAAGCAGCUUGUAAGCAGUCUACCUUAAUCUUCAUAAAUAAGAUCUAUACUUUUGGUAUGGUCGGAGACCGAGGUUAAAAUAUACUCCAAUUCCAAACUGAAGGCUUUCUGUUGCUGAUCUAAGCGGUGUUUAGAGCGCUAAUCAAAUAAGAACCUAGUAUAUGGCCGAUUUCGUCAACGACUUCUUCUGUAAGUUAAGCAUAAGAUCGCGAAUUUGGAACUGGUUGGAUUUGUAUCCCUUUCCUUCUUUGCUCUACAUUCAUGUCCAAUGUUUAACUUCUCUCUUUACUAGAUAUUCCAGGAUGUUGUUUGCUUACAUCGUGAGCCCGAGACAACCUGUAAUGACACUGAUAACUAGAAAACGGCAAACUGUCGUGUGAAUUUGCUUCUAAUCAAAACAAUGACACAGUGUCCUUAUUUUGCGUUCAGUUGAGGAUAAUCAAGCUAUCAUGGUAAUUCACCUUUAUUAUUACCCUUUUUUUUAACAGAAACUGCUUCGAGAUCACUCUGGAACUUGGUUGCUGUAAGUACCCCCCAGCUCGUUACCUCUACUCCUACUGGCGCGCAAACCGAGAAGCCUUGCUCAAGUACAUCGAAUUGGUGCAUAACACAGGAAUAAGGGGCUUUGUUUUUGACGAAAAGGGCCGUCCGAUUGAAGGCGCGAAAAUCAUCAUCGAGAACCGCGCCAAAAAGGUAAAGACCUAUAAGGAUGGGGACUAUUGGCGUUUAUUAGUGCCUGGAAGUUACAUCGUCCGAGUGGCUAAAAAAAAAUACAAAAAUUCAAGAAAGACAAUCACGAUUGAUCCAGAUGCCAUCGCAUAUGCUAACUUUACUCUUGUAAGGAAGAGAUCGAAGAAUUUGAACAGGCGUCGACCAGUUACGAAGAUGAAUCCUGUGGCUCAGCCGUUCAAGUCACCCAAUAACGUGUCUUUCCACAAGAUUGUCACUCACAGGGAUAAACUACGGCUAUCAGCAAAGUCUCCAGGAAAGUCUGCUUCUACUGUGUCGCGUCUUUCCAUCAUGGCUAGUCUUGUUUGCUUUGUUUUAGUCGCUCUAUUGAAAUAAGCUACGUUUUUUUUAUUGUAACAUUUCUGCAUUACAUUUCAUUUUGUAAAAUGGCCAUUGACUUGCAGUACAUUUCUUUUAUUUUCAGAAUUCAUUUCUAAAAUUUCGAAUUGAGUAUCGAAGCCAAAGUGGUAAUCAAUCGUUUUGCUGCUCUACGCCCCUUGACUAGGCGAAAAAUAUCUUGCCAUUAUCUCGUACUUUCCGAUGCAGAUAGAAAGCCAAUUCCACACAGCGGCCAAAGGUCUGUGGGUGUGCGAUCGUUGUAAUGACUAGGUAAAGUGCUUUCAGGCUGUCAAAACCAAAUUGUCUCACACGAGUUACGAACAACCACAAAAGCCAAUAAGUUACUUGAAUAAGAUUGGUGUGCGAAAAGUCUCGAGUUUUCCUUUUCCACAUUUUUGUUUCCUUUUACAGACUUACAGGACCGUUUCUAUUUUCUUUCGCUGAUUUUGUGAGACAGCAGUUGUUUCUUAUCUUUCCUUAAAAGGUUUUCGCGGGAAUCGGCGCACGGCCAGUCAGAAUUGAUCCUUUAGCGCAUGGCGGACCUUUGACCGCUGUGUUAACCAGCUCAGUUGCGUUUUCCCGCGUUUGAGGUCAAAUAUGAGUGUUUACUAUGAGUUCUCAUUUACUCUUGAAAUAUUGACUUUUGUACUGGUCGGCCAUUGUGAUUAUUUUGGUUUUGGCUAUGAUAUUCAAUUGAGAAAUGCUCUUACAUUUUCAAACUUUUUAUUUUACUAUGUAUAAAGGUCAUUCACUCCCUAGAACUUUACAGAAUAUAUCAAGUCUUCUGUUUGUUUUAAUUUGUAAAACUAAGUCGUAUUUUUCACGCGAGUUUGACAAUUGUUAAACUGAAGGUAUGUGCAAAUUUCAAGGCAGGUGACAAGAGGUCACACAGAUUAAGUUGCUUUAUUUCUUCUGAUUUAAUCACUACGAGGAUUGGAAUGAUAAUCACGACGAGGAUUGGAACGAUUAAAGAAUAUUCCCAAAGAAAAAUUUGAAAGAUUUCCUUACCGCAAGCAAGACAGCUUCUUCUGAACAAGCUUUAAUUUCUAUAUUCCUUUUUACUUGCAUACGUUUUGUUCACGGAUUUUAGGUUUAUUGUUUAUUUUAUGCUUACAUUGGACUGUAUAAUGUAACGAAACAUUUAUAAUAAAUCAGUAAUUUCGAUAGUUUUAACCAUGAAGAGGCAAUGUUUAUCAACCCAGCUGGAUAAAUAAAAGAAAGUUUUAGUUACCUAUUAGAAAUUAAGAGUUUUCUCCAGACAUCGAGACAAGAGCUGACGAACUGGACUUCGGAUCUCCUGUUCCUUGGCCGGGUCAGCCCGUUAUGCUCUUAGGCAGGACUCUUUAUUGGCAAGGCCCCUCUUCAAACAGAACUGUAUGUUAUUAGCGGUUACUCACGCGGAAUGGCAAGGUGACCGCUUAACACAGGUUGGGCGCACAACAAAGGUUCCACAGAAGAGGGGCAGUAUAUGACAGAAAAAGAUAAGAUCAAAAACGCCAUUUCAUGCUAUAAUUUAUCAUUUAAUGCACAAACGCUCGCUCAAAAAUGUUAAUAACAUUAAUUUUGUGUAAGAAACAUGGA